AUGACUAAUCCAAGCAACUAUCCCAGGUUCUCCGAACGACCGGUGGGAAAACAGAUCCAUAACAUUUACAGAGAUCGGCUAGUGACGUUUGUUGAGGAAUUUCAAUAUGAAUCACAGAAUUUGCUCUCAGCUCUGUACCAUGCGCGCGUGGGAGAACCAGCGUUGAAGCUAUCAGUCUGGUCUGUCCCCGAUCUAUCACGUCCAACCUUCCAGUAUGCCGUAAAACAGCAAUUCAGGCCAACAAAAGUGGGCGAGUCUUUUGGGCCGGGCUGGUCUACGCACUGGUUCAAGGUCGAGCUGCAGAUUCCGCCGGAGCUGCAAAAUAAGUCAGACCUGCUCGAGUUGCAUUGGGACGCGAGUAAUGAAGGCUUUAUUUACCUAGAAAAUGGGCAUCCAGUGCAAGCGCUUAGCGGUGAAGGAGAGCGUGUAGAAUGGAUUAUUCCAUCCAGCUUCAAGGACGGCCAAAUGCACGUGUUCUACUUGGAAAUGGCAUGCAACGGCAUGUUUGGCCUGGGGAAAAGCGCAAGAAAUCAACCCCCUGACCCGAACCGUUACUUCAAGCUUGACACCGCUGAGAUUGUAGCUAUUAACAAGGAAGCUCGUGCCUUGUACUUUGACUACUCAAUUAUCAGUGACGCUGCACGACAAUUGCCUCAGAAGUCAUACGAAGCACAUGAGGCGCUCCAGGCUGCCAACAAAAUUAUAGAAAUUUUCACUGCCGGUAGUGGAAGCCUGGAUUCCAUUUCAGAAGCCAGGAAGGUAGCUCGCACGUUCCUCGGUGACAAUAUUGACACAGCAGAUGUGUACAAAUCAGACACGAAUCCGAUUGUGUACGCAAUUGGCCACUGCCAUAUUGACACGUGCUGGUUAUGGCCGUGGGAAGAAACGAGGAGAAAGGUGGCACGAUCCUGGUCGAAUCAAUGUGACCUUAUUGAUCGGUAUCCCGAGCAUCGUUUUACUGCCUCCUCUGCCCAGCAAUUCAAGUGGCUGAAGCAGGACUAUCCUUCCGUAUAUGCAAGAGUUCUGGAAAAGGUAAAGCAAGGCUCAUUCCAGCCUAUUGGUGGUAGCUGGGUUGAGCACGACACCAACAUGCCUAGUGGCGAAUCCCUAAUCCGUCAGUUCCUCUAUGGGCAGCGCUUCUUCGAAAGCGAAUUUGGUAAGCGCUCUGAAACAUUCUGGCUUCCUGAUACAUUCGGCUAUACCAGUCAGCUCCCUCAGCUCUCUCGGCUGGCGGGAAUGAGUCGAUUCGUGACUCAGAAGCUUAGCUGGAACAAUAUAAAUGACUUCCCUCACACAACAUUUAACUGGGUUGCCCUUGACGGAAGCCAGGUACUGUGUCAUAUGCCGCCGUCAGAAACCUACAAUGCCGAUGCGCAGUUCCAGGAGAUCGUAGACAGCAUUGAAAAACACAAGUCGCUUGAUCAAGAUCCGACAUCAUUGCUCAUAUUCGGCAAAGGUGAUGGUGGUGGCGGUCCGACAUUCCAACACAUUGAAACACUGCGUCGGUUCCGGGGUUUGGGGGACAAGGUCGGGGGAGCUAAUUUCCCACGAGUACACCUUGGUAAUUCGGUCGAUCAGUUCUUCGAAGCUUUGGAAAAAAAGGCGGCCAAUGGCACAGAAUUCGUGACCUGGUAUGGAGAGCUCUAUUUCGAAUUACAUCGGGGGACCUACACCACACAGGCAAACACCAAAAGGAACAACAGACUAGCUGAGAUCAUGAUUCAUGACGUCGAGUUUCUGGCUACCUUGGCUAGCGUUAGAAACAGGUCCGGCUAUAAGUAUCCGAAGAAAGAGAUUGAUGAUAUUUGGGAGCAGAUUUUGUUGUGUCAGUUCCACGACUGUCUGCCUGGUAGUUGCAUUAGUAUGUGUUACGAUGAUACCGAUACACUCUAUGCGGAGGUAUUCAAAUGCGGAAAGACGUUAUUGCAUGAUGCCAUAGCUGUAUUGGGACUUUCCCAUGAUAUUUCAUCCCCAAAUGGCAAGCUUGUUGCUCUUAACACAAUGCCAUGGUCACGCACGGAACUUGUAUCUCUGACAUCUUCAGAAUACGCUUUGGUAAAAGAAGGCGCUGGUGUGGCUACUGUUCAGGAACUUUCUCCUUCAGCCAAGCCAGGCGUUACUGUCACCGAGAUCAGGAAAGGCGUUUUCCAACUGGCUAACCAUCAGUACGAGCUGGAAGUCGAGAACGGGGUCAUCACAUCACUCAUCGAUCUCUCUGCGAAUCGCCGCCAAGUGCUCUCCAAAGGAGGCAAGGCCAAUCAAUUCGUUGUCUUCGAUGACAAGCCAUUGUAUCGACAGGCUUGGGACGUCGAGGUGUAUCACCUAACAUCUCGAAAUGAGUUGACUGGCGAAACGACAGAAAUCGGCGAGCAGAGUCCAUAUAAAGCAAGCCUUGUCACUAAGACCAAGAUCAGCGAAAAGAGCUGGCUGAAAUCAACCAUAAGUCUCAGCGCCAUUUUUGACAGUCAGCAAGAAUUUUCCUCUAUUGAGAUUAAUACCGAGGUUGAAUGGCACGAGAACAUGAAGUUUCUUAAGGUUGAAUUCGACGUCAAUAUUGUCAACACCGAGGCUUUGUACGAGACUCAAUAUGGUAUUGCUCGCAGACCAACACAUUACAACACUCAAUGGGAUAUGGCCAAGUUUGAGGUGUGCUGUCACAAGUGGGCGGAUCUGUCUGAAAAUGGCUAUGGAGUUUCCAUUUUGAAUGAUAGCAAAUACGGGUUCGCUACAUGUGGUCGGUUGAUGCGUUUGUCUCUUCUGCGCUCCCCAAAGGCCCCUGAUGCUCACGCUGAUAUGGGUCAUCAUCGUAUACGUUACGCGAUCUUCCCUCACAAAGGCCAAUUAGACGCUAGAACUAUCCGCGCAGGAUACAACUUCAACAAUCCAAUGAAGAUAUACUCGAAAAUAGACAGUUCCUCCUCUUUGGAUGAGGUCAGUGUAACUGGUGACACUUCCAUUAUCCUCGACGCCGUCAAAAGAGGAGAGGAUGACGAAGACGUCUCGCGUGGUGAAUUUGCGAAGAGACAAGGCCAAAGCGUCAUCCUACGUAUCUUCGAAAGCUUAGGAGGCCAGGCAACAGGGAACAUUAAAACGAAACUACCUGUUAAAGAAGUACGAAAGUGUAAUGUGUUAGAAGACGAUGAGGAGUCUUACGAAAUCACAGAUGGCCAGGUCAAAUUUGCCUUGCGGCCGUUCGAAGUUGCUACAUUUAGAUUGCAGUUGUGA